AUGCUGGUUGUCCUUCGAGACGGCAGAAAGCUACACGGCGUAUUACGAUCUUAUGACCAGUUUGCCAACCUCGUGUUAGAAGACACCUACGAAAGGAUAUAUCAUCGGAACAUGUUUGCAGAACAGCACCAUGGUCUCUUUUUGAUUCGAGGGGAGAAUGUCGUACUGAUGGGCGAAAUCGACCUGGAUAAAGAAGAUGAUGUUCCUCUCAAGCAGGUAGAAUACCACCAGCUCGAACCAUAUCAUAUCAAGGAACUUGAACACAAGAAACUGCACGAGGAAGCGAAAGCGCAAUACCUAUUCGAACAUAAUGGUUUCUCGCGAGAAGGUGGUGAGGGUGAUGGAUACUAG